ACAAAAUAUUUAAUGGACGAAAUGAGGGAUAAGUGUGAUUCAGAGAUUGACAGUAUUUCCUGGAAGAAGGAACUGGUAGAUCUUCCCCUACAAAUGAAUUCGUAUGAUUGUGGGAUGUUCAUGAUCAAGUACGCAGACUUCUACAGCAGAGGUUUAAAGCUGUGUUUCAGCCAGGAGCAUAUGGAGUAUUUCAGGAAGAGAACAGCCAUAGAGAUCCUUAAACUCAGAGCUGAGUAAAGCAGCAAUAGAGUUUAGUUUUUUUAUGAUUAAAACACUAAUCAGAGCAGAUUGCUGGAGGAAGCAUUUGUGCUCGGUGGCCACGCAUUGUUUGAUAAAUGUUGGGAGAGCUGGGAAAAGGAUUGUGCUGUGGGUUGAAUGAGAGAGGGCAGAUCGUUUCGUCAAGGAGAUUGAUGAUGCAUUUUAAUGUUUCCAGGGUGAUUUUUGAUGGGUCAGUAUGAUUUGUUAGCUCUCCGUUUAU